UCAUCAAAAGUGCCUACCGUCCGUCGCGCUCGCCGGCGUCCCCCGUCGUUGUGUUGUUGUUGUUGACAUUGAAAAUCUGUUUUUCUUUCUGCAAUAUGAGGAUAAUUUAGAGGGUCCAAGAUGUCUGAAUCUGUAAUACUUACUGAUGCUGAAAUCAGCGCUCUUGAGAGCAGUGCAUCACCAGCUCACAGUCCUCAGCAUUUUGAAGAGAUCGAUACUAUUGUGUUCAGCAACUGUAAAACAGGACUAGGGAUAAAAAUUGUUGGGGGUAACAGUGAGGAUGUUGCAGAGAAUGACUUUGGGAUCUUUGUGAAGAGGGUGAUCCCUGGCGGGUUAGCUUCAGAGAGCGGACGUCUCCAUGAAGGGGAUCAGAUUAAGAGUGUCAACAAUGAAAGUUUGAAUAUGGUUUCAAAUGAAAGGGCUGUGCAGUUGCUCCGUAGUGCUUCAGCAUCAAACCAUGUGACACUUGUUAUAUCAAGAGGCCCACAAACAUUGAGGAGAUUCAAGCGAUUACUAGAGAAUAAUCAAUUAGCUCGACGUUCAUCUGGACCCAGUACAAGUUCAGCUACUAGUUAUACCUCAUCAAGAUCUCAUAGAAUAGCAUAUCCAGGCUUAUCAUCUCAGGGCUCCUCACCGACAUCAAGUGUGGAAUCAUUCUCAUCUGCCGACCAGUCAGACAAUGAUGGCAGAAGGAGAGGUGUUCUCCACAUCAUAGUGAGUAAGGUAUCUGGUCUUGGUCUUCACCUGUAUGGAGGUAGUGAUAAUCAAGAAGGACCAGGAAUCUUUAUAGACAGAAUCAUGGAAGGAGGGGAUUGCUAUAGGGAUGGACGAGUACGGGUCCAGGACGAGUUGGUAGCCAUCAACGAUCAACCAUUAUCAGGUAUGACCUUGAAAGAUGCCCAGGCUGUUGUUACAAGGAUCAGUAUGAGGUCUGAUUUGAAUUCAGUGAGUCUAUCCUACAUUCCAAGUAUCAGAACACCAGUCAACAAAGACCGCGACCACACCCCUAGCUCACACCCAUCGGGCGUCAGCAACUCCCUCAGCUCCCCCUAUCAGUCCCCCCAUCCCCACUCUCACCAUUCAUCCCCACAACCUGGUGGUAUGCUCCAUUGUAAUGUCAUAGGUCAAAGGACACUUCCCCAUCUCCCCUCUCCCGCACACCACUCUCCACAUGCUAGUAAUGUCCCUCAUCCCCAUGUGCAAGGUCACACCCCCGUGCCACAGUCGAAUCAUCCUCAGCAGUCUGUUAAUACCAGUCACUCAUUGGAUUCUACCAUCACACCAAGAGGGGGGUUAACUGAGAGGAGGUCCCCUGCUGUAGGUCAACCUGCUCCCUCAACUCUAUUGGAGAUGAACCCUAGGCCACAGGGUAACCAAGGUCAGAUGCUUCCACCCUCCGCCCUCCCUCCUCACCUUCAACCGGGCACAUACAUGGAACCGAAGAUGACCUCCACACCAGAGGGAGUAACUACGAAUGGUGUCUCUGACAGGAGAACGUCGGUGCCCCUACCCCCUGGGGGCGACCCCUCCCCAGUGCUCCCUCCGUACAACCUUAGCCACUAUACCAACCAACCAAUCAGCUUCUCUGCAUCCUCAUCCCCCGCCCAUAGUCCAGUGCCCCGCCCCCGCAGCAGACGGCUGUCCAUCGAUCCCCAGGUCAGGCUGAAGAUUGAUAAACUUCAGGUGGCCCUGGAAUAUCUUGGGAUCCAUCCUAGUCCUAGUGAAAACCAGGAACUAAUGAGAAGACUGAGUAUAGACCAGAGUGGUAUGGUCCCAUAUGGAGAGUUUGUUGCUGUUGCUAAGCAACUGUUCAACAUGAAGAUUGAUGAUAGUAAUGUAGGAUCAGCGUCAAUGAGUCAUGGUGGAUAUGAUGUCACAGAUUUCUCUGCUCCUCCUCCAUUCCAACACAGAAAGCUACCCAGCCCCCCUCCUCCCGUACCACCCCUACCAGUGGUAGCUCCGGCUCCUGGUUAUUAUGCAGAGAUGGAGAAUCUUCGGAAGCAGAGAGAUGAUGCCAUAGAAGAGGCAGAGAAACUGCAGCUUCUGGUGCUGGAGAAGGAAAGAUCAUUUUCUGCUGUGGAGGAGGAGCUUCAAAGAAUAAGAAAGCAAGCACAGAGUGCUAUCCAUGAGAGCAAAGCCCUGAAAUCAAGGGUUCAUCUGGCAGAAGUGGCCCAACAGGAAGCACGGAAUAUGGAGCUCGAUUACGAGGAGGUCGUUGUCAUGCUGGAAGAUGAACUCAACAAGCUAAGGUCAAAGGUCAAGAAAAUGCCCAGAAAUAUGCCACCAGAACCAGUGCCUUUUGGACCCAGUGUGAGGGAGCUUCAGAAUCGGUUAGCAGUGCUUGGUUGUGAGCUGAGAAAAGUACAGGCCAGCAAGAGAACCUAUGAAGUGGCCACUGAAAAAUUACUCCAGUUUGCUGAAACAGUACAUGAAGAUCUGACAGAAGGCCCCAAUGGAACACUCAGUCGUUAUAACAAGGGAGAGAAUGCUAGAAGAGGGACGAAUGGAUUCCGACCUCCCGGUUAUCUUGCCAAACAUAAGGGACCUAUCGACCUUGCAUCGGAGGCUAAGGAGACGGUGAAGGCUGUGAAAGCACUGGUUGAAUCAGAACCUUUACCUCACGGCUGGGAGGAGGCUUACACAGCUGAUGGAACAAAGUACUACUUAAAUCAUGUAACUCAGUGUACAACAUGGAUACACCCUCUAUCUGGUGUUAACCAUCUUCCAAGCAUAAAUGAGAGAGAUAGUCUACCAGAGACAAGGACGUGACACCGAUCUUGAAAUAAUCAUCCGCAAAGAAUGUCUGGUGUGAACAGUUGCUGGUAUUUAUAUGAGGUAUAAUCCAGAUGAGACAAUGGAUUUGACACUAAACCCUUCAUACACCCUCCAAAUUGUAGUUAUGAUCUUCCUAGUAUUCAUGAUAGUGAUGGCUGGCAGGAUUUGCAUUUGACACCAGUCAUUGUUUACACUUUCCAUCAGGUGUUAACCAUAUUCUCAAUAUUAAUGGGGGAGAUUUUCUAGGCAGACAAAUAAUUAAAACCAAACACCAUACACUCCAUAUCUGGUGUAAACCAUAUUCUUAUUAUUCUUGGGAUGGAUGAUCUUUUAAGAGAGUACUUGACACUGGACAUAUUCUACACUCGGUUAUAAGCUGCUGAAAUCCUUAAAUUUGAUAGGCUCAGAGCAAUAAUAGUCGGUGAAAGGCUCUAUUUGUGUUAUGAAAUCCUCCUUGAAUGUGUUCAAAUUUGUGAUAUCUGCUCCCUUUUCUGUGAAAAAAAAGUUUCCAGUGUUUUGUACUCGUGCUUUACUACUAACUGGUUAGUAUGAUAACUGCUAGGAAUAGAGAAAGCUUUAGGUACUGUACCAAAGAAAUCCAACCGUGGCCAUUCAGUGAAGAUAACCUUGAUUUUUUCAUAAUAUUUAUCUGUGAAUUGUAUUCUGAUAUAUAAAUGCUGUAUUUAUGCAGUUUUUUUUGUAGAGCUGAUAAUAUUUUUUUCAUAGGAAUCAUAAAGCAUUACAUCAAUAUAUAUAUAUUGUUUAUAGUGAUGGGUAACAUUUUGUAUAUAAAUCUUUGACAGAAUCAUAUUUAUAUAUUUUGUAUUUUUAUAGAAUAUUUUAAACUGCCAAUCAGAUAUUUAGACAUACAUGUAUUUUGGUUUUUAAUUGAAAUAAGAUUCAGUUGUGGUUGAGGGAGUAUUCAUUCUGCAAAUUGCAUUUAUCAAAAACUUGCAUCUAACAUAUUCCCCAUUUGGUGAAGCGGAAAAAAACCUGGAUUUCGGGUAGGUGUAUACUACGACCUGAAAAGCGCUUAAAAUUCUCAAUUGUUUUCCUGAUUAAGCAAAGGAGAACGAUAAAGUCCUUUUUAAUACAAAUAUUUUCAAAUCAUUAAAUCAUAAUUGCAAUAGCCAUUCAAGAUCGUUGUUGCAUGCACCAUGAACCAAGCAGAAUAGUUGUUCGAUAUUUUGGUGAUACAGGGCCAAGGUGUUAGAAGAGCAAACACCAUUACGUAAAUCAAAUUGAACGAAGCAAAUGUUUUUUUAAACUGUAUGUCAUUUUAAAACAUUUUUUGUAUCAAAUAUAUGACUUGUUUAUGCAUUCGCUAAUGGAGGAUUCCAUGCUAUAUCAUACAGGAUAUUUUUACAAUAUUUUGCAUGUCUUUAACAUGAAAAUACAUUUUUUGUAUAAGAAUAUUUUCAUGAUUUAUGGUGAUCUUCAAGUAGUACCAGAAGGGGGCCAAGAACCAAGACUUAACUUGACCCGAUUGAAAUUGAAAUGACAGGCAGUAAAAUGUCAUAGAGGACAAAAAAGCAACAGAAAAAAAGGAGUGAAAAGCAACAAGUGCAUGGAAUCACACUAAUCUUUACUCAUUUUGCUAUGUAUUUGUAGCUCCUAGGGGCAGGUCCAAGUAAUUAUCUCUUUGCUGACAGUCCAAAGUACCUGAAGUAAUACGUUGUAAAGACAUGAUUUCUGGGAGUCUAAAUGUUGGAAAUCAUUUGCUGGUAUAUAUACAGUAUAAGGCUUAUUCUUCAUUAGAAAUUAAGAUGGUAUGCAAAUUUGGCCGAGGAGAUAUUUGUGGAAUCAACUUAGUUUGCAACUUUUUCUUGAUGAAUUUACACAUUAUCCCAUUUACACAAUUUAUGACAUGUUAAGUAGUGAGUUUGGUACAUGAUAUUAGAAAGUGGGAAAUAUCCACCUCCCUCUUGAACUAAAAUUUGAGUUAUUCAGAUCAAAAUGGUGCAUCAACAAAAAAAGUUCAUUUACCCCAAAUUCAUUGAUUUGUGUAAAUUGAAAAUAUUUAUGGCAAGUGAGAUUGUUUAUGUUUAUUUUGUGUUGACUAUUCUACAAAUGUGGAUCCAAAGGUUUCCCAGAGUUUUAUCUCUGUUUUUUUUCUAGCCUGGAUCAACUUGUCAUAGAAUUUUUAAAAUCAAAUAUUUCUUGCCAACCAACAAUAAGUUUCCCAAAAUGAAUUUGGCAUAUUUAUUGAGCUGGUAAUAGUACAUGUACAUCCUAAGCUUUUAAUUGAUAUACCACUUGUCUAAAUUCAUCAACAAGAACGUACAUGUGUACAUGUACUUGUUUGAAUGUAGAAGAAAUUCAAUGAGAACUAUUCAAGAAUAAGAGGGGAAAAUGUUUGCAAUUUUGGGUUUUCCCAAACAUGAGACUUGCACAAUGUUCAAUCUUGGUGAAACUUUCAAGCAAUUUGGAAAAAAGUGGUGUCAAAGCGGAAACACUUGUAUUUCAUCUCUUUGCUUAAUCUUACAACUCAGAAUGUUGACAGUAUGGCAAAGAAAAUCAUACCUUCAGAUAAGCUAUUUUUGAAAUUUUUACUUUUAGAAGACCAAAUAACUAUUUUAGCUUCUUACUAAGAACCUUCCUUCGCGUUUUUUUGUUGGUUUAGGGGUUGGGGGGUGGCAGGUCUUAUAUGUUUUGGCGCCUGAAUUAUGUGCGUAAUAUGUACAUUACAUACAUGUACUUUUUUUCCAUGAAUAUUAUUGAUAUAUUCUGUCCAAUUACAAUUCAGUUAUUACACAAAAUGUUUAUAAUGUGAACAUUUUCAAUCCUACUUGCAUGGUAUUUGAUGCAAGUCAUGCAUGUUUUUUUAUUAAGAAAAGAAACAAAUUGUGUUGGAAAAUUUGUUUUAUAUAUUAUUGUAUCAUUUUAUAUUCAUGGAGAAUUUAUAACACGUGCUCAACAAUUUCCUGGGGGUGUUUUGCAAACAGAUAAACCCUGGCUUAGAGCUAUGCUUAAGCGCUAAUAAGCAGUAUCGUUGAUUCAAACCAAGUUAAGUGUGUCCUCUGACCAUGAUCAUACCAUGGACAUAUGAUAGAUUGGACAUUCAUCAGUUAAUUAAUGAAUUCACGAACAAGUAACUGUCAUUUUUAUUGUAAUAACAUUAUCUUCAUAUUUAUUUAUUUUGAUCCUAUUUUAGACAUGCAAGUGGGAAUUUAAGAGAAAUUAUACUGUCAAAUCAUUGUGAAAUACCCCCUUGACUUAUGUCUUUUGUCACAUGAAAUGUCAGAUACAUGUAGCUUGGACCUGACCCGAGUGUGUUAUUGACUGGUCUGUAUAACUGCUUUGUAUUCAUGAUUUUAUUAUAUUUUUUCUUGAAAAACAAUGUACAUGUAAGACCAGCAUCCCAGGAGAUUCAUUCAAGUUGCAGGACCAUAGCAGUUGACCUUACUGAUUGAUGGCCAGGGUAAACGCGACACCUCACAAACACGGCUUGCUGUUUGGUUUGAGCUGGGGUCUUCCUGUCAGAAUCACACAAUUAGCGACGUCAUUACCAAGAGAUCUAUUUUUUGGUGUGCAGAGAAGGGCACUGUUGUGCAUGGUAUACAGCUUCUACAGUGUAAGUGCUUUAUUUAUGAUUUUAAUGAUACUUUGUGCAGCCUAAAGUAUGCGAGACAAUGCAAUCAGUUUUCCAGAGGGUAAUGAUAAUCGUGGAAAUAUUGGCCACAUCCACAUUUUGAAAAAUUAACAAAAACAAUACUUAUUGAAGACAAUUUUGAUAAUUUUUUUUGGAAUUAUACAAAAUAUACAAAAUUUGUUGCGUAUUUCUCUCUUUUUUUUCAAACAAUAACCUUGACCCUCUUUUCCCCUCUCUCCUCGCCUCAACAAUACUUGCGUUAUCUGUCGAUCCAUUGUCUGUCAUAUCUCAUCACUGCCAUGUGCUAUCUGCUUUAACUGUCGCGCAGAUUCUCCUUUGUUUCACAUCGUUUUAACAUUAUAUUUGCAAUGACUGACUAAAUUAUAUGCU